GAGACAUCAGCUUAGCUGCACGCUUCAGAGCUCUGAUUGAAUCGUGGUAUGCCCACAGACGAAUUUCAGAGAAUAAUUCAAAGACUAAAAAGGAAACAUGAAUAAUCUGACUGGCAGCUUGGUCACCCUUUUAACAACAGCGGUCAUUCCAACUGAAGAUUAUGGCAGUGGUUCAGGCACUGAAGAUUAUGAUUUUAUCACCGACACCCCAUGUGACAAGAGCUCAGUGCGAACCUUUCGCAAAUACUACGAGCCGCCUCUCUACUGGCUCAUCGUCAUCCUGGGCUCCGUAGGCAACUUGCUGGUCAUCUGGAUAUAUACAAACUUCAAGAACCGCCUGAGGACCAUGACAGACGUGUACCUCCUAAAUCUGGCCCUGGCAGACCUGCUUUUCCUGUGCACGCUGCCAUUCUGGGCAGCAGACGCCAUGAAAGGCUGGACGUUCGGCACCGCGAUGUGCAAGGGCAUGUCAGCGCUGUACAAGAUAAACUUCUUCAGCAGCAUGUUCCUGCUCACCUGCAUCAGCGUGGACCGCUACGUUGUGAUUGUGCAGACCACCAAGGCGCAGAACUCCAAGGACCUCCGCCUUGCGUGGAGCAAGGUCAUCUGUGGCUUCGUCUGGCUCCUGGCCAUCGUGUUGUCCAUUCCGGAGUUUCUCUUCUCUCGGGACAAGAAGGACUUUCAGGGCAACCACUUUUGCACCAUGGUGUACUGGAACAACGAGCACAACCGCACGAAGAUCCUGGUCCUUGCGCUGCAGAUCUGCAUGGGUUUCUGCAUUCCACUCUUAGUGAUGAUCUACUGCUACUCUAUCAUCAUCAGGACCUUGAUGAAAGCCAGGAACUUCGAAAAGCACAAAGCCCUGAGGGUCAUCCUGGUUGUCGUGGCGGUGUUUAUCCUCUCACAGCUGCCAUACAACAGCAUGUUGGUCGUGGAAGCCACGCAGGCGGCCAAUACCACCAUCACAGACUGCGACCAAGCCCAAGACUAUGACAUUGUCACUCAGAUUAUGAAGAGCAUAGCUUACAUGCACAGCUGCCUUAAUCCCUUCCUGUAUGCCUUCAUAGGAGUGCGAUUCAGAAAGGACUUAAUCAAGCUGUUUUACAAGUUUGGAUGCAUGUCCAGGAGCAAAUCGAGCAAAACGUACGGUCACAGUCGCUCUUCUGUCAUGUCUGACGCCGACAGCACCAUGGCUUUGUCAUUAUAAGCUCAGCAUUAGGACAGUUUUAUUCAUAAAAGUUCAACUAUGUGCCUUUUUGAGAACUUGAGGGGUUCUACAUCACUGUAGAGAGGGGCGUACCCUAAGAUGCACAUCAUAAAAGGAUCCUAUGGUGGUCUCUAGACUGAUGUGGAUGAAUGUAUGGUUCUCUUAAGUCUGCCAAAUAAUGUGAAUGUUUUUUCUUUUACUAUAAAGUGUUUAAAUGUAGAAUAAUGGACAUUAACUUGAUGAACAUGAUUUGAUUUGUAAUUUACCAAUAGUGUUUGUCAUGUUUAAUGCUGUACUGUAAAAUGCUGUGUGCUCUUCAUCAAACCUGUACUUUUGUAUUUUUCUUAUGACUGCAAAUAAGUUCUGCAAAUAAUUCAAUGCAAAACUGAGCCGGUGUAAAUAUACAUCUAUUUCUGCUGCUAUUUUUUUUACUAAGAAUGAAUUAAAAUUCACUUAAUAUA